AUAAAGAAGAGAGUGAUUGUACCGAUAAUCAGUGGUGUUGCAGUUAUCAAGUGUCAUAAUUGGGGCAAUAUUUGUGCUAAUUGGUACAUAAUGGUACAAUAAAACGCAUAUUUAGCUUAAAAAUUAUUGUGAGUCACUGCAAUAACGCAGAGUUGUCCCAAUUGGGUCACAGUUGAGUUUGAGUCUUUUACGUAUCGAUGACCGUUACUCGACGAGUCGCACAUGUUAUAAACAAUUACAAAAAAGAGAAAGUUUUCUGCACAUUUUAUUAUUGUUGGAGAGUGUCGUGGGUUGACAGCAAUAAGUGAUGAACGUUUUCAAGUUUUUUUGACUGUUUUUUACAAGUUUGGUGGUAGUGAACCAACUGCGAUGGUAGUUAUAACCAAAAUUUAACAAACAGGGAACCUUUGUGGUGACUACGUCGUACCAUGGGGCUGAUUUAUUCCAGUAGUAGUAUAGUGGAUAAUGUAACAAAUUAUAUUUCUGGGAGGAAGCGGAAGUAUUCGGAUUCUGAAGACGAUGAAGUUAACAAAGUUAUAGACAUUGCUUUACACACACCAAAAAGGAAAAAGCUUGUGAGUACUGCACAAUAUAUUUAUCAGGCGUUAUUCGAAGAGGGAAAAAAUUCGGACAUAACAGUAUGUGCCUUGGGAGAAGAAUUCUAUUUACACAAGAUUUACCUUUGUCAGAGUCCUUACUUUGCUAGCAUGUUUGGGGGCUCGUGGCUGGAAGCUACCAAAAAAUACAUUCAUAUUGAUGUAGUGGAUCCACUUAUUACAAUUGACUCCCUGAAAGUGGUAUUUGGAUCCUUGUAUAACUGUGAGAUUACUCUUAAUCCAUUGCAAAUUGUUUCAACGUUGGCAACAGCUACAAUGUUUCAACUGGAUGGAUUAAUUGAAAAGUGUACGGAAGUGAUGUUAGAAACAAUAAAUCCAAAGUCUUCUUUGGAGUACUAUAAUGCGGCAUGUCAAUACGGUGAUAAGAAAUUGCAAGAUGUGUGCUUUAAAUGGUUUUUAGUAAAUUUAAUGACGUAUUACUUUAGUCAUCCCGUAGUUAAUUUAAAAAGCAUUCCUAUACCUCUUAUGACGAAGCUUGUAGCACAUCCGGAUUUAUUUGUGAUGCAGACUGAAUAUUCCAUUUAUGUAUUACUAAAGUAUUGGGUUUACAUACUUACACAUCCGGAAAUCGGCGACGAGACUCCAAGUAGUAAAGAAGUCAACAAUUUUUUCUGUUCGAGAAAAAACGAGAUGCCAUAUCUUUUGACUGACGAGGGACGAAAAUUUGUGCCAGUUUUUCAAGGUCUUCGAAUACCAAACUUAAUUUCACACCAAAUGGACGUAGAAUUAGUUCUUCACGAUAAUAUUAUACCCCGCAGUUGGCUGAAUCCGGUCGUUUUGCAGCAGUGGAAACAGGUUUUGAGGGUUAACCAAAAUGACGAUAAAGGCCCUAGCGAAGUUUCAAAUGAAAUAUUCCUAGAAACUAGUCUAAGGUGUGGGAGGAUUUUGAUGGUAAAUGAACGGCAUGUGUGGAGAUGGACUGGAUUCCAUUUUGGAAUGGAUUUACUCAUGAUGACUGAUGGUUACACCGUUUCAGUCAAAAGAAACCACAGGUCUGAAUUUGAGCAACUGUUAAGCUUCCAAACUACAAGACAUAUAGCCAUCAGGGUAACUGUUGUAAAAUUAAACGAACAAAGGCAGAUAGUUUACUCCAAACAAUCAGAAAUCUUAAAACUGAGCCUUGCAAAAGGAGAAGAGGUCCAAAUAAUGGCGCUGGACAAAGACUUAGAGUACCCUAUCAUCAUAUCAGCUAAUAUACUGUACACAUCUCCUGACUCACAGGAAAUAAAUCAAGAGGAAGUUGUGCAAACUGUCUCCUAAUUGUUUUUAAAAACUCGCUCGUGACCUUACUUUGCGUCUGCAUUUCUUUAAAAUAGCAACUAUUUUGUUAUGUACAGUAUUUGUUAUGUAGUGGGAUUAGCAUGAAGAGAUUUUCUGUUCUUGCAUGAGGGUAAAAUUCAAUAAUUCCGAACAAGAUUCAACUUAUUUACAAAUGAAACUUUAAAAUCAAAAUAUAUUGCAAUAUUUUUGAUUUUAAACUUUAUUCUAUUUAUAUUGAAGGGUUUUCGUGAUCAGUUUCAGUUUGGCUAAUAAAAAUAUAUAAUUCGAUUUACUAAUUUAAAACUGUUAUUUUUUUAAACAAGGAGAUUAAAUUGGGUAUUUUUAUGUAUAGUACCUAUUUAGGAUUAUUUAAAAGGUUUAUAACAGUUACCAUUUGUUACUUUUUCUAAGUAAAAUAUUUAACAAACUUUCUACACCUAAUUUUAAGAUGUGAAAGUGCUCUUAUUAACACACUAGUCACUAAGCUUGUCAUCCAGAAUAAACGGUGUAUUAUAA